AUGUCUGAUGUUGAAAAUUCUACAGUUGGAAGGGACAGAGCUCCUCUUGGGAAGUUUACUAGGAAUCUGGGUGUUGCUACGCUGGUCGUAUGCCUAGGUUCGCUACAGUUUGGGUAUCACAUCGCCGAGUUGAACGCUCCUCAACAGUCAAUGACUUGCCCACAUGUACAGAGUUUGGGCAGCAGUGACAAGAAGCCGGACUGCAUUGACAUGACUGACGUUCAGUUCGGAGCCGUCACUGCUAUCUUUAGUGUCGGUGGUUUGAUCGGGUCAUUGCUUGCCGGUAGUAUGGCAGAUUUGGAGGGGAGGAAAAGAGUAGCGCUGCUUGCAAAUUUAGUUUUGAUGUCGCUAUCGUAUUUUAUGUCCCGUGCAUCCACGUAUCAGGGGCUUUUGUGGUCCCGGCUGGGGGUUGGGUUUGGUUGCGGGGUGAACAUUGUACUCACGUCCCUGUUCAUCAACGAGAUUGCUCCACCAGAUUUGAGGGGUGCCCUGGGGACCAUGAAUCAACUGAGUAUCAAUUUGGGGAUCCUGUUGACUCAGACUGUUGCGCUUCGUCUUGCCACUGUGGAAAAAUGGAGGUACAUAUUUAUUGUCGGUUGGUGCCUCUCCGUAAUUAACAUCAUUGGAUGGUUGUUUGUGCGCGAAUCCCCCAGGUGGUUGUUCAAAAGGGACCGUGCUCAAGCUGCCAACGUGUUGCGUCAUUUGAGAACGGGGCACUCCGAGCAAGAUAUCGAGGCUGAACUGGAACAAUGGGCAAUAGAGGAGUCCGAGACGAGCACGGAGGGCCCCACCAUGGCCAGUUAUUUGACCUCGGUGAAAUACAAGAAACCCCGGACUGUUAUCCUUAUGAUCCUGACAGGCCAGCAGUUUUGUGGGAUCAACUCGAUUAUCUUCUACGGUGUGAAGAUCGUCAGCCAGUUAUUACCGGAGUACUCCAAGCUAGUCAACUUCGGAAUCUCUAUCGUGAACGUAGUAGUGACGUUCAUGUCCUCUACGCUGAUUGAACACUACGGCAGGAAACCAUUGCUGAUGGUCUCGACAGCAAUCAUGUCCCUGAUGGCUCUGCUCAUCGCGGUCAGUAUCGUGAACAAGCUCGCUGUUUUGCUCGUCACGAGCAUCUUCGUCUACAUCGCCUCGUUCGCCAUCGGGCUGGGCCCAAUCCCGCUCCUGAUCAUCGGGGAGCUAUCGGACAAACCAGAGGCCGCGGUCGCACAGAGCUUCGGCACCGCGUGCAACUGGCUCGCGACUUUCUGCGUCGGGUACCUGUUCCCACCACUGGACAACUUGCUAGGCGGGUACACGUACGUUUUGUUCGCCCUCUUCGCACUGUGGCUGACCAAUUACAUUUACCACCGCGUGCCGGAGACCAAGAACAAGACGAACCACCGUGACGUGUGGGCCCACUACUAG